CUGCAUAGACGCCUACUACGACUUAAUUUCCGGUUUAUCUAAUGCCUACAGUCCCAGAGCUCUGUACGAAGGUUGCAAUGAGGAUUUUCCAACUGAUGGCAUAUUCUGGUUCUCCAACCAACAGCAAUAUUAUGACAGUUGCUGUCACCACUAUUACUGCUGUUAUUGUUUCUCUGAGUAUAUCUCAGUAUUGACAGCAUGGUCGCAUGGAUCAUUGGACAGUGUAUAUAGCUAUUAUACAGGUUGGAGGUUUUUUUGUAUAUUUACAUUCUCAUGAUGUAGCUAGCUAAUUAUA